AUGUUAGGCAGAAGGUACUAUAUAGUUGCGGUAUGGCUACGGUCUGCGCUGCGUAAAGCAGGUUCGUCAUCGGGCUACGCUGCUAUGGGCCUCUUUACCCUUCCUUAUUACCGGACCUUCCGCCAAAACACGCUUCUGCCAAUUCUCGCUAUAGUUAAUAGUGCAAAUCUCCGGAAGGACGAGUCCGAGAUCGCAGCCAUGCUAUCUAGAUGGCGCGACCGUAAGAUGCAGGAGCUCUAUUUUGUCCAAGUGGCUGCUACCCUGCUCUCUGCAGCUGCGAUCGGUUGUUUAUCUUGGGAUACUCCUGAAUGCGAGCACUGGAUAGGACCAGCGGCAUGGUAUUGCUCGCUGGUCCUGUCUCUUUUCUCAGUUUUGCUCUCAACAUCAGAAUCCUUUAUCUUCACCACUAUUAUCCAGAAGGAAUCACAAGCCGGUAGCAAGUUACAGCCACCCGUCUUCGAGCAUGAUCUUUUGAUAAUCUGCCGCAUUAUCAAAAACAAGGAUUCGCUACGAUCGACAAAUACCUCUUCUCGGGCCCGAAGUGGCUUCUUCAUUAGUGAAUCGGAGGAUGUGAUAGAUAAUGAUCUGGAAAAUGGAGAAAGGCAGCAAGGGCUAGAAGCCGAAGCAUCAGAUUUCUCCACCAUCGACACUAUCAACGACGACGUUGAGAUCCGCGUCCGUUGGAAUAUGGUAUUCACGUGGCAAGCACCCAUGAUGCUUUUGGCAUAUUCGGUCGUUGCGUUCCUCGUGGGCUUAACAGUAUAUGUCUGCGCACCACUAUAUGGCGAAUGCUCUUAUCAGAGCAAAACAGCCAUAUCUUUCCUAGCUACUCUUGUAUUGGGUAGCAUCUGCUUCAUCUGGUGCUCCUUUUGGGCCUAUAGGUUCGUGGAUAUGGAAGAGCCGUAA